CGUAGUAAAAUGCGGACCUUGAUCAGAGGAAGGUUUAUCCUCAUCAUCAGUAACCACGUCUGCACUUCCUAUUGGGAAUGAUCGAUGCUUUUUAGGCAGGAAGCUUGUUGGGGAUGGAGGAAGCUGAGCACAGCUGUAUGAAAUGACAAGGAGUCCUGAAUUCUUGGAGCAGCGACAGAUGAGCUUAUGAGGGCUGCAGAUCCCUGAGCUGGUGAGAUGGAGGAAGCGUACAGUGAACUGUACCGGCAGUUCCUUCUUCUGAGGUCACUUUGCAUGAGACAGGCUGCUCUGCUACAUCAACUCACGACCGCUCUGCAGAAACAGCAAGGUGCCAAUGUUCCUAAUGGAGAGCUACGUGAUAUGAUGUCCAUCCCCGUCCAGUGUACCCAAGAAAUCCCUGUAUCUCUCUAUGAAGGACCUCACGCACUAACAACCACAGCAGCACAGCGUGGCGUCCAUCAGCUCUCUCCAAACAUGGGGACUUUUGCUGAUCUCCUCACUGAAGACAUGUCAAAGCUCUGUGUGGAUUUGCCUCAUCAGGGAAAGAAAGACGGGUCAUUGGAGCAAAUGGUUGCACCCCUGUUAAGCUUUGACUUCACAAGGUUGCAAGGAGCCUCUUCAGGUGUCUCACAUCAUCUUGGCCAAGCAGAUCAUCAUAGUAGAGAUAGGAAAAAGCACACAGUGGGGAUGCCUGCGACGGACAGUCCGUCCCUGCCUAGAGACUUGCUGAGUCAAUCUGACGGCUUGCUGAUGUCAGACGUGGCGAUGCAGUCUCACGUUUGUGAGUUCUGCCAGGCGGUUUUCCCUGGAGACACGUCAACCAGGGGAGAGUUCCUACGCCAUCUUUACACCCACGUCACCUAAACUAAAUGGAUCGUUCUUCUCCUCCUGACAUACGAGCUGUGUCUUCAUUUGAUAUGCUGUGAUGGAGCAUGUGUAACUGGGUUAACCUGAUCUUUGCAAAUAGCAUUUAGAUAGACCUGCUCAACAUAAUGUUUAGCCGUUUGCUAGAUGAACUGUGCAGAGGCUGAUGCUGCCAUCUUUUUCUGUCUCUGAGAUGUAUAAGGAAGGGUGGAAAACUUCUUAUGAUUCAAUUGUGUGUGAAAGUAUUGAGAUAUUGUAUUUAUAAAGGCUCAGUUCACCCAAAUUAACACAAGAAACACAUCCCGCUCACAGCUACUUUACUAUAUCUUGUGCCAUGAUUUUAUUUGUCAAGGUUUUUACUUAUCCAUCCACAGACCUUUUUAUAGGAACUAUUUAUUCCGUAGAAAGUAAAAUGAACCUAACCCAAUCCCCACUGGGGAAAAUUAUACCAGAACUACCUGCAUGACCAGAUAUUUCUUUCCUUUGAGCUAACUGUUUAAGCUACUUCAUUUACAAUGUGAAAGCCUAUGAUAGUGUGAAUUAUUGUAAUUAUCCACUGUAAUUAUCCACUAGUUUCAACUUGCAGUUGGAGUUUGUAUAAUUCAUUUAUCAUUUAAAGGCAUCCUACUUCACAUACCUAAUGUGACUGUGUUCCUCCCUAGUUGCUCUAAUUUAGCCAAUGAUUUCACUAGAAAAUUCAAACUUGGGAAAAUACUUUUUCUGUGUUGGUGAAUUAUAAUGCCUAGUAAAUAGAAACACUGCUCUACAAUAUGAGAUAAUACAUAUGUGUUUGAAGCAUGUAUAGAGCCUGAUGGCUUGCUUGUAACUAAAAAUAUAAAAAGUAUAUACAGAGGAAUAAAUGAUCAAAUACAUUUAAAUUUAAAACAUU